AUUAACUGCUGGAGGUUGUUUAUGUUAUUAAUCGGAUCAAAAAUAAUAAAUAAUGUUUAGUUUAAGAAGAAAAUUUACCGGCAAAUUUGUGAAAAGUUGAAAAUGUCAUCUCUGGUAAUAACUUGUUACAAAAAGUUGAGGAUAUUUGAAGCUAAUUGAUCCACAUAAUCAUAAAAUAACCAAUUACGGUUCUGAUUUAAACUAAAUUUGAUUAUUUGGUUGAGAAAAAAUUGAGAAAAAAACUUUUAAAUUGUGUUUACUAUGAGUAAUAAGCAAUUUAAAAAAAAAUUACUUGGAAUUAAUAAAUUUUUUUUUUGAACAAAAGAAAAAAAUUUAAGAUCGGCAAAGAAUAUCAAUAGAACUGAAAAUUAUAUUUUAUUAAUAAAACAAAAAGUUUUAUUUUAAUUAAAGAAAUGUAAAAUACAACAAUAUUAGGUCUGUUCUUUUAUCAUAAAUCUAACUAAAACAUGGACCAUAACAAAAAUACAAAUGAAAAUGCAACAACAUCAAGACAGGCUUUACUGCAAGAGGCUCAACAGCAAGUUAAUGAAUUAAUUGAAAUCUUAAACGAUAAUGUUGAUCGUGCUUUCGAAUGUGAACACAAUCUAACGGAGUUAAAUGAAAUUGGUGAAAAUUUACAAAGAAGCGCAAAAGAUUUUCGUAAUAUGACGUUGACGUUUAAACCUCAAAAUAGCGAUAGAUCAUCGAAAUCGCCAUCAAGAGAAAAUUUACUAGAAGAGACCCAACAGCAAGUUGAUGAAUUAGUUGAAAUCUUAUUCGAUAAUGUUCACCUGGCUUUGGAUCGUGAACAUGAUCUUUCGGUCUUAAAUGAUAUCGGUGAAAAUUUGGAAAGGGGAGCAUGUGAUUUUCUUAAUAUGGCGGCGGUACUUAAACGUAAUUUGUGGAAGAAGCGAUUGAAAAUUUUUUUCGUUGUUAUCGGCGGUAUUGCUGCCAUUUUUCUUGCAAUAUUUUUACUAAUUUAAAACUCUUUUCUAAAAUAUGGAUUAUUAACAGCAUGGGAAUUGAACAACCUGUUUCUUCUUCAAAUUGCGUUGGACUAAAUUUUUCAAUUAUGUUUGCAGAUCAAUGUUAAUCCUAGACAAAAACCAAUUCAUUAACCAAAGUAAUGUUGCUCAAUAUUGUUAAACAAUACUGAAUUAUUACAUUCAAAAUUUAAUGAUAAUCAUUAAAUAUUUUAAACAAAAGAUAUUACCUCAAAAUAAUAAUUUUAUAAAAAAGUUUUAUAAAUAAAUAGAUUUUAAUAA